GUUAGCCUGCCGCUGGUCCCCACCCUCCGCUCGGGAAGCCGAUGGUUUCUCCGGGAAGCACCGGGGUCGAUGAUGCUGACACCUCCUCUUCCUCUCUUCCGCGGUUCCUGGUUACCGGGUUUCCGCAGCCGACGUUGGGUGUCCAAAAAUCAACAUGUCUAGCAAAAAGGCAAAGACGAAGACCACCAAGAAGCGCCCUCAGCGCGCCACUUCCAAUGUAUUUGCAAUGUUUGAUCAGUCACAAAUUCAAGAAUUCAAGGAGGCCUUCAACAUGAUUGACCAGAACAGGGAUGGCUUCAUUGACAAAGAGGACUUGCACGACAUGCUCGCCUCCCUUGGAAAGAAUCCAACAGAUGAAUACCUAGAUGCCAUGAUGAAUGAGGCUCCAGGCCCCAUAAACUUCACAAUGUUCCUCACAAUGUUUGGUGAGAAGUUAAAUGGCACAGACCCAGAAGACGUAAUCAGGAAUGCUUUUGCUUGCUUUGAUGAAGAAGCAACAGGGUUCAUUCAGGAAGACUACCUGCGAGAACUGCUGACUACAAUGGGAGACAGGUUCACAGAUGAAGAGGUGGAUGAGCUCUACAGAGAGGCACCCAUUGACAAAAAGGGGAAUUUCAACUACAUUGAAUUCACGCGCAUCCUGAAACAUGGAGCAAAAGACAAGGAUGACUGAGCAAAUACCUGGAUACCUGCAGAUAGCUUCUACCCCCACUCACAUUAAUUUUAUUUCUCAGGAUCCUUUUUUUUCCUUUAUUUUUUCUUGUUGGGACCUCCUGCGUACAUUUUUAGCUUUUUCUUCUGUGGCCUCUGGGGCUGCUCAGGCACAUCUGUACCUGUGUAAUAAGACUGGAAAUGGACAAGGAGAGAGGACAGCUUACACUGAUACAGGUUUAGGGACAAAGAUCAGUGAGUGUGGAGGCCCAGGUGAAAAGCCAGUGCUACCCAUCCUAGCUAAUUUUACAUUUUAAUGCUAACUUUUCAAAUAAAACACUGUUAUAUUAAGUACAUUAUUAAAAUUUCAUGCUAGAAGUGGACUGUUUAUCUACUCAUAUCUGUAAAUAUUUUUUGCAGCUGUAAGCAGUUGUGUUGUUACCUAUUUUUGCCUUAAGAAUGAAGCAUAAGUCACUUAAGCAUACUGAUGUUUGUAAUCCAGUAAGUACUAGGUACCAACUAAGUACUUCACUUACUACUAUGAUCACAUACAAUGAAUAAAUUUCCAUCCUUUGAAUUUUA